GAAGAGACGACUUCCUCUCUCACACUCUGGGUCAUGAUGUUGGGAUUCCCACAUCUUCACUUAGUGCACAUUGAAAUCCUAACGGCCAGUUCAGUUAAAUUUUGGUGGUGUUCGUUGCAUUAGUGAAUUUAAACAUUUUAAUAUUGGAGCCCUUUGCAGAAACAUGUUCAGGUUGCUAUUUGUAGUAAGUGUCCUGGGAUGGAGUCUAAAAUGUGGUUCUGGGUAUCAGCCCAACCCACAUAUGCCUCACCCUCCCAAGUUUGAUCUUAAAGCAGAAAAUACUUCCGAAUAUAAAUUCCCUACCAAGCCAACAUUUGAACUUGGUAAUCAAUCGCAAGUGAGUGCAGAAGCACCGGAUAAUAUCAAUAAUAUGGCCCCUGGAAAGGGGAUGAACACAAGUAAAAGUCAAUUUGAAAAUACACCUACUAUAAAUGUAAUGCCAGGCAUAGUGUACACACCUCCUUCAGCUUCAGCACAGAACAGCACUAAGCAACAACCAACAACUCAACCGAUUGUAGAAAAUGAGCCUAAUCUACGGUUGAUGACCAACCCAGAGCAUAUAACAUCUUCCAUGCCACCAGCAUGGGUGAGCAGUAAAGGACCACCUAUAGAUAUUGACAGUGCAAUAAUAGCAAAGCAACUGAGUCUAAGUGGUGUAAGAACUAAUACAAUGCCCACAAUACUGAACACAACUACAUCAGUAAAAGCAACUCGAUAUCCAGAAGGAACAACAAAUAUUCAAUUACCAAAUGAAGCAAAUAAUAACAUAGAAAACAGAACAUCUGACAGAGGCAAAGAUCAUUCACAAAUUGAAAGUAAUCAUAAAAAUUCUAAUAGAAGUCCAAAAGAUGAAAAGGUAGAGAAUGUGGGAUCGUCUAGUUCGGCACUAAACAAAGGUGAUCCUGAUGAUACAGUUAAGUUUUAUACAGAAAUUCCUCCAAGCAUCCUACCUGGUCUUUCCCUAGAGCAUGAGAUGCCAGGCCACAGGACCCCCAGACACAAUGAUCUAUGCUCCGCCUGUCUCUGUGAUCCCUUAAAAAGGAAUAUCAUCUGCAAGCAUGAGCAUCUCUAUAAUGGGGCAUCACACCAUUUGACUCUCAGGAAAGAGAUUAUUCCCCAGAACGCAACAACCUUGCAAAUUUUGAACUUCGAAUUACUGACAAUAUUGAAUGGAACAUUCUCCAGUGAAAACCUUGAGCUUCGUAAGAUUGUCUUUGAAAACAUUGGAAUGGUAGAACUCUUCAAGGAAUCUCUGUUCUUUAAUGCAAAGGCAAAAGAAAACAGAGAAGCAGUAGUGAUAUUUACAAGAUGUAACAUCAAAGAAAUACCACGUGAAACUGUCACUCAGUAUUCAAGAAGUGAAGAUCAAAAUAAUGACAUAAAUUUGGAAGAUACCAGAUUCCUCACUCUGGAAUUUCAUUGGUGCAAUAUAUCAACCAUCAGAAGCUAUGCACUCUUCCAGGCACGACUUCUCUUCUUUAGAAUGAGCUACACAAAGGUGAACAAUAUGGAAACAAACUGCAUACAUCUAGAUGUUUAUGACGAGUGGCUUGUGGAAAACUGCAACCUUCCCAAGUUUGUCAAGAAUACAAUUUGUUUGCGAGCACAAAUGACAGUUAUUUUUUCUCGGAAUGCAAUGGCAGGAUUAGAAAAUAGAUCACUGGAUAUUACUUCCUCUAAUCAGAUGAACCAAAAUGGGAAAGGCAUUUUCUACACAGAGCAAAAGUACUGCGGUACAGACUAAUCUAUGAAAACCGAAAGACAUUGACCAGCAUUCCAAGCCACAAUGGGUAAGACUGGGGAAGUCCUCCCUCAGGAAAUGUGGCAAAAUACUAUAGAAGACUUGUUGGAAUGUGGAUGCCAAAUCGAGCUCUAAGGGAAAGAGAUGUGGUGAAAAGCAUGCAAAUUGGCAGCCAAUUCCUUAAUGUUGAAAAGCAAAUGCAACAAUAUUAAAGACUAACAUCCUAGACCCGAGAAGUGAUGCUUAAGGCAACAUCGGUGCAGUUUCAGAGACUAAAGUUCAAUAGCUUUCACCAAGACAUGGCCAGUAAUGUAUCCUGAGGGCAAAAAUAAGUCGACCUCAGAGACUCUCAAGCACUCAGUCUGAGAGGUGAAUCUUCUUAAACUCAUGCUAACAAUGAGAGGCUAGCUGAUAGAGGGUGUUUCAUGAGUAAAAUAAGUGGCCACCCUGGUAUCCAAUGCCAGCCUAGACAGUGGAUACAUAGAAGGCAAUGGCCCACUAAUAAAAAAGCCGAAAGAGCCAUUAAUGAUGUCUCAAAUUGAAGAUCCAGGAGAAUCACAUUUAUCUGGGAGCUUCCUGCAAAAAUGCAAAUGAACGGGCCUCCAAAGGCCAUUACUCGUUUACUCAACAGAGGAUGAAACCUGCUUGACUGAGCCAGAAAGAUAUUUAUAGCAGGAGCAGCACUUACACAAGACCAGGGCAUCCAAUAAUCUUUACUCCUAGCUGGGGUUUGAGAAAGAGUUAACCAAUCCCCCCUCACAAAGUCAUUUGUGUCAUUGGCUGGAAAGAAUGAUGCUCACGAAACACUCAACACCCACCACACCUCCUUGGCCAAAAAGAGAAGAGCGGGGAGGAUAUGGUCAUGAGUGACCCAAUGAAGAGCACCUGCUGGUCACAUAUGUUAAAGAGUAGAUGCACCGAGCCUAGCAUGAAACGAGAACAUCAACAUAUCCAGCCUUGCCUGUAAUGGCAGGAAAGAAAUGCAGAGAACCUGUGAAGUAACUGACCAUUGUUCACGAGAGAGAGCAUCAUAAACUGCAUUUGGGGUGAUAAGAUACUACAAAUGAAAGGGAAUCUUUUAUGGUACAGUAUCUUCAAGUUUUUCUACU